AGUCGUAGUUGGCCGGAAGUGUAGGAGAAUAUUUCCCUCUAGCUGAUAUGGCGGACAGGAGGCGGCGGAGGAGACGAGCGUCCCAAGAUAGCGAGGGGGAGGAAGAAGAGGAAGAGUCGGGGAGUGAUAGUGUCGGCUCCGGGGGAGAGUCGGGGGCGCCGGUCAGACAAGAGAGAAGUGAACAAGGGAACAGGAAAGCGGAGCCGCCGAGAGAAGGGAAAGAAUCCGAGUGUGAAAGUGAGGAUGGCAUUGAAGGAGACGCUGUUUUGUCGGACUAUGAGAGCGCAGACGAGUCUGAAAUUGUUCCUACUAAGGAGGUCGAGGAGGCUCACUACAAUGAAGAAGAGCCAUUGAAGGCGACAUUGAAACAGGAGAACAAUGUGGAGGAGGCACCUGCUGCAAGAGACCAGAAACCUAAAUCUAAGGGAACAGUGACAGGGGAGCGCCAGAGCGGGGACGGGCAGGAGAGCAACGAACCAGAAGAGGAUAAGGCCAUUCAGAAGUCUCAGAAGCAGCUGGAUGACGACGAAGACCGGAAGAAUCCGGCUUACAUCCCUCGCAAAGGGCUUUUCUUUGAACAUGACCUGCGUGGACAUGUCAAUGAUGAGGAAGUCAGGCCAAAGGGUCGACAUCCACGCAAACUGUGGAAGGAUGAGGGGAGAUGGGUACAUGACCGGUUCCAUGAAGAUGAACAGGCCCCCAAGUCUCGCGAAGAGCUUAUAUCUAUAUACGGUUAUGAUAUUCGAUCCUCUAAAAACCCUGAGGAAAUCCGCCCCAGACGGCCACGAAAACCCAGAUUUAGCAGCCCCUCAAGGAGAGAGGAGAACAACGAGAAGGCUAGUUGGCCUUUAAAUCGGUACCAGGAUUCUGGUGAUGCUCAACCUCUCCGGCCGUACACCAAUCGUAGUGCACCUCCCUCUAACAAAGUUGUCCCCUCCAGGACUUACUCCCGGCAGGGUGGAUAUAAAGAGAACCGGGCCAGUUACCAAUCAGAGGAAGAGGCUUCACUUCACACAUAUGAGCGUAGACAGGACUAUGGUGGGCACAGAGCACGCAGCUCAGAGCAAGGUCCACCCCCUCCUAGAGAGUUCUCACCUGAAGCAGACCCUAUCGUCAAGGAAGAAGCAGUCAUUGAGAAGCAAGCUGCAGAGCCAUCUCCACCACCUCCAGACAGACCAGUGGAGAAGAAAUCCUAUUCUAGGGCUAGAAGGAGUCGGAUCAAAGUUGGCGAUACAGGAAAGAGCAUGGAGGACACUACAGCUGCUGAACUACCCCCACCACCUCCGAUGCCCCCCGCCGUUGCUGCUGAGUUUACCCCUGCACCACUUAAUGUGAAGCAAGGCAACUGGGAGCCUCCUGCAGAGGGUGGAAUGUCUGGAAUUGACGAGGCGUUGUCCCAGAUGAACCUGACGGAGCAGAGCUGGAAUCAAGGACAGCCCGCAUACAUUUCCCCUCGUGGCAUUCCUAAUCCCAUGCACAUGGGUAAUGGCCCGCCGCAGUAUAGUCGUAUGGAAGGCAUGGCAGUUCAAGGUGGCCGUGUCAAGAGGUAUUCUUCCCAGCGUCAGAGGCCUGUCCCAGACCCUGCAGCCAUGCACAUCAGCCUCAUGGAAAGUCAUUAUUAUGAUCCACUCCAGUUCCAGGGACCAAUAUAUACUCAUGGUGACAGCUCAUCCUCAAUGCCCCCUCAGGGUAUGAUAGUACCACCGGAAAUGCACCUUUCUCAUCCAGGCAUGCACCCACAUCCGUCUCCUGCUACCAUGUCUACCCCAAAUCUUUACCCUGCUCCAGUCUCUCUCCCACCUGGCCAGCAACCACCCCAGCAGCUCCUUCCUCCUCCAUAUUUUCCCGCUCCACCCAAUGUCAUGAAUUUUGGGAAUCCCACCUAUCCGUAUCCUCCGGGAGCUCUGCCUCCACCACCAGCUCAUCUGUACCCAAAUGCACAGGCUCAGUCCCAGGUGUAUGGAGGGGUGACUUAUUAUAACCCUGUACAGCAGCAAGUACAGCCGAAGCCUUCUCCUCCAAGGCGGACCUCUCAGCCUGUCACCAUCAAACCCCCACCACCAGAGGAAAACCGACACCUGAAGAUGAACGAGAAAAUCAACUCGUAACCCGGGAGCCUGUCUGCCCUGAAUCUAAACCUGAGAAGACUCUAUGCUCAUUCCUGUACAUUACUCCCUCCUGUAUGUCCCAUUACACUCAAAGACCAUCCUGGUUGCAAAACGUGUACUUCCUCCAACUACGGGGGUGGUUCGACUUCUAACAGGGCCUCUAUAUUAGAUGUGUCCAAAUUAAGGCAUUAGUAAGGGGGGCAUGAAAUGAAAACUGCUGAUUAAGAGGUUUGUUUUUAUUUUGUAAAUGCCAGUGAGUCUGUAAGAGAUUUAACAAAUGUGACUGAUGUUCUGUGUCAUUAUCGCAGGACCAGGGCUGAAAGCAAUGAAUUUAGCAGCAGUUCAGGGUUUUCUUCCCCUUGGCCAAAAGGUCUUAUUUACCGCAAGUGUUAACCCAUGUUUGUGGUGAGAGAUGUGAAGAAUUUAAUUUGCCGUAUCUUUCCCACUGACUCUGCUGCCUAAAGGUUACAAUAUAUUUUAUUCCGAGUCUUUUUCUUGACAUUGACCUUAACAGACUGUGAUGGCUUUUAUUUUUAAUUUUUAUGUCCUGUGUGUUUAUUUUGUUUUUCUUUUAAAAACUGUAUUUUUGUGAACUGCUUAAAGAAGUUAGUAAACGUUUUUUUUUUUUGGGAGAUUUCCUCCUCGAACCACA